CAGGCGGGCCGGGUCAGCCCCGCCGCUGGCGACAGCGGUGGCAAGAAGGCACAGAUCCAACUGUUUCUCUUGCUAAAUUUUUGCCCCUCUUCCAAAAAACCACCUGUCAUUCCCGAGCCCCUGCCCGCCCUCAGAGGGGAGCAGAAGGCUGGGCUGACCCUCUCAGAGGCUGCUCUCCCGAGGCUGCCUCAGCCGUGGGGAGAGGAAGAGCGCGGAUCAGCCCACUCCUGCCGCCUCCCCGGCUUCCUCCCGGCCCGACCCGGCCCAGCCCCGCCCCUGCCGCCGCCGCUUAAUGUUUCACUUUGUUUUGAUUCCCGGGUCGCAAGAUGGAGGCGGCGCUGGGACGGCGAAAGCUGUUGCUGGUGCCUCUGCUGGUGGCCGCCGUGCUGCUGGGCCCGGCCGCAUCGCUGCAGACGGGCCUGCAGGAAACCAUCAGAGUCAACGUUACGAUGUUGCAAACCAGUGGAGAAUUUCACCCAGGACAGGUUGUUUUUAAUAUCACCUACGUUAAUGGACAAGUGUAUCUUAAUGAUUUUCCUAUGAAAAGUGGGGUUGCCCACAUAACAUGUCAAACAGUAAUAUCGGAGAAGGGAAACUUGGAUAACUUACCAGAUCAGCAGCGCCUGGGAACCGUCAGUGUCCGCAUCAUGGUUCACGAGUGGCCUUUGGCAUCCAGUUCUGACUUGCAGCUGAUUGUCAUUCAAGAAGAAGUGACAGAAAUUGAUGGAAAACAGGUUCAGCAGGAAGAAGUAACAGAAAUAGAUAUUUUAGUAAAGGAGCUGAGAGUACUUAGACAUUCAAACUACACUGUCCUUUUGAAAGAGAGCAUGCUGUAUUCCAUCCCAAGGGACAACGACAUUGUAUUUACACUUCCCAACCUCUCAGGAAAAGAUAUUCUAGAUCCACUGCAAACCACCAGUCAGUACCUCAUCCAGCAAGUAGAAACUACAGUAGAUGAAGAGACAUUACCUGGCAAGCUACCAGAGACCCCUCUUAGGACAGAACCUCCAUCUUCCUACAAGGUGAUGUGCCAGUGGGUGGAAGACUUGAGAAAAGGGUUGUGCAGAUUCUGGUUUCAGUCUUUACCUAUCUUCUUUAGUAUGAUGGAAGUCAUUGUAGUUGGAGUAGUUGGAGCAGCUCUUAUUCUCAAAGCUUUGAAGAUGAUUUUCCCUUCCUGUGAAAAAAAAGGCAUCCUUCUUCUGGAUGAAGUCAGCUUUGUACCUGUGAUCACCAUCAGAUCGCCUUCAGAUCUUCCAGACAGGAAAAAUAAUUUAGACGAGAAAGGAUGUAUUUAAAGACACAUUUACUUUGGAGUUAAUGUUUUUUAAACCAAAUUCUUAGUCGACCUGAAAUUUGGCACUUGAUCUUAAAGCCUUGUUUGUUUCCUACUAAGAAAACUCAGUCAGUUGAUUAAUCGGUGAAGGGACACUCAAGGCCAGGGCCCAAAGCUGACUUCCCUGUGUCCCUCCAUAAAUAUACAGAUUUUUCAGAAGCUUCCAAUUAAAACAGCUUUCCACCCUGAGGGCUACCACUGGUUUUAACUUCUGUGAACCUUGGACAAGAUGCUGGCUGCCUUCACACCCAUAUAUAAACCAGAUCUGUUAUCGUGAAUAGCGAGAUGGUGAAAUUCAGGGUGUCCUGAGGUCUCCAGAUGGCAUCCUUCAGAAAAGGACAAAGGAGCAUCACAAACAUCAGCCGUGCCUGCAAGCCUAAAUAAAGCUGCCCAGCCUGAUUUCAGGUCUUUUAGGGUUGAGUGUGCCUUGCAAAGAAAAUAUCACUACCAAACACUUGUAUUACUCAAGUAAUUUGAUAUUUAUAUUUGCAAAACAAAAAGGCAGAUUUAUAUAUCAAGCACUUUAUGCUUCUAUGGCCCCUUCCACUCAUAAAAAUUAUUCACACUUAUAAACAAUGUGCUUUUUGUAUCUGUGGCAAAAGUACUAUGUGAAGUCUCAAAAAAUUCUACAAAAUUCUUUAAAAGUACUGGCUUACUGUUGCUAAGUAGGCCCAGUCUGCCCAUGCCAAUUUGUACUGUUAACAUUUUUCAAAUAAACAUUUAAAUUGUUUAUUA